AUGAAGGUCGAUGGCGACGGUUACGCAAAAGCCGUCGCGAACCGCGGCUGGACGGCGCUGGCGCCGGGCAGCCGUACAGGAGAUGUCGUCGAGCCACCUAAUGAUGGCUUUGAGACAACCGACGAGACCGAAGACGAAGACAGAGACGGAGAACAAGGGCAACAUGGUCGUGAUGAGCCGCGAAAAGUCGAAUUUUCGGACGACGAAGAUGCAGAGGCCGCGUACAAUGCGUUUAAGAACCGGAAAGCUGUAAAAAGGAAACGUGCUGCAGCCAUCUCGCGAAAAGCUAAGGCUGUGGCUUCCGGCAAUGCUUCCAGCAUGGUAGGGCGCCGCGUGCGUCCCCGCAUGCCAGGAGGAGAUGGAGAUAAGCCUGGCCUGAAAAAGAAGCGGACGCUCGAGGACACCACCGACGAGGAAGAUGAGCUGAUGGACGAGGUUCUCCCCGACUAUAUCAAAGAAAGAAAAUCUAAAUUCGAGGAUGCUCGAGAGAGGAUGGGUGAAGCUGGACUCCUAAUACCUCCUGACUUUGAUGGAGUCUAUUUUUCCGACGAUGAACGAUUGGAGCACCUCCUCGAGAAGCCAUCCUUCCCAGGCAGGAAGCCCCUCCGGAAAUACGAGGAUAUCAUCAUUCCGACGACUGCAGGAGUAAUUCCGGCAUCCCAUGCUCAAUGGCUUCGCGACUAUCAAGUCAAAGGAGUCGAGUUCUUGCAUGAGAAAUUCGUCUAUCAACGGGGUGGAAUACUUGGCGAUGAUAUGGGCUUGGGUAAGACCAUUCAGGUCAUUACGUUUCUCACUGCCGCUUUUGGUAAGACGGGGGAUGAGCGCGAUCAAAAGCGGAUGCGAAAGAUGCGCCAGAAUGACCGGGACUAUCCCAGGGCACUCAUUAUCUGCCCGGGUACUCUCCUGGAAAACUGGAAGUCUGAACUUGACGAUUGGGGCUGGUGGCAUAUUUAUACUUACCAUGGAUCACCUGCUGAUAAAGACGCCGCGUUGCGAGCGGCUCGCAAAGGUCGUGCCGAGAUCGUACUGACAACUUAUACAACAUAUCGAAAUAACAGGAGCGAGGUCAACACUGUUGAUUGGGAUUGCGUAAUCGCGGACGAAUGCCACAUCAUCAAGAGUCGAACGUCUGAGAUUACGAAGGCCAUGAACGAAAUCAAUGCUCUUUGCAGAAUAGGUCUGACCGGAACAGCAAUCCAAAACAACUAUUACGAACUAUGGACACUGCUUAACUGGACCAAUCCUGGUCGAUUUGGCGGAGUCGUAACUUGGAAACUUUGCAUCAGCGACCCCCUCAAGAUGGGUCAAGCUCAUGACGCUACGUAUCAACAGCUUGCCAAGGCUCGGAAAACAGCAAAGUCUCUGGUCAAUAACCUGCUCCCUCAAUUCUUUCUACGCCGAAUGAAGUCGCUAAUCGCCCAUGAACUUCCAAAAAAGAGCGAUAGAGUUGUGUUCUGCCCCCUUACGGAAUCCCAAGCUGAAGCAUAUGAGAAUUAUGUCAAUAGUGAUCUUGUCGAGUACAUUCGGCGGUCUACGGAUCCUUGUGACUGCGGAUCUGGCGGAAAGCGAGGAUGGUGCUGUUACACCGAGAUCCCCGGACAUGGAAAAUGGCAGAACCACGUGUUUCCUUCCAUGGCAACUCUACAGAAGCUCACCAAUCAUUUAGCGCUCAUCAUUCCAAGCAGUGGCGAUGCACCAGAAAGGCAGGCCCGGGACCUUGAUGACUUACAAAUCACCAUGCCUGAUCAGUGGAAAGACCUAUACCGUCAGCGAGACAACAUCACGAACUUUGCAAAGCAGGAGUUCUGUGGCAAAUGGAAGAUACUGAAGAAGCUUCUCCAGUUCUGGUACUCAAACGGCGACAAAGUCCUGGUUUUCAGCCACAGCGUGCGGCUUCUUCAGAUGCUGCGUAUGCUCUUCACGAGCACGACAACCUACAAUGUCAGCUAUCUCGAUGGUACGAUGAAGUACGAGGACCGCCAGCAAACCGUCAACGACUUCAAUGCCGACCCCCGGCAAUUUGUAUUUCUCAUUAGCACAAGAGCGGGCGGCGUAGGUCUAAACAUCACUUCGGCAAACAAGGUCGUUGUUUUCGAUCCAAAUUGGAACCCUGCAUACGAUCUCCAAGCUCAGGACAGAGCCUACCGAAUUGGGCAAACCCGCGAUGUUGAGGUUUUCCGUUUGAUUAGUGCAGGUACCAUCGAGGAGAUAGUCUACGCGCGUCAGAUCUACAAGCAGCAGCAGGCCAAUAUCGGUUACAAUGCCUCAAACGAGCGGCGUUACUUUCGUGGAGUCCAGGACCAGAAAGAAAAGAAAGGAGAAAUCUUUGGACUUGCCAACCUCUUUUCCUACCAAGGCGGCAACAUAGUGCUUCGGGACAUUGUCAACAAAACCAAUGUCGCGGAGUCCAAAGUUGGUGUCACGGUGAUUGGCAUGGACGGCCACAGCCAAGAGGACGAUGACGACUCUCUAUCAGAUGGCGACCGCGAAGACGCCCUUAUGAGCCAAAUAUCGGACAUGAUCAAAAGCGGUAACGCUGAUGACCUGACAAAGGAUCUUAAAUCAGCCCCGAAGAAAACAGAUGCGGUGCAAGCAAUCCUCGCAGGCGCUGGCGUGCAAUACAUGCACGAAAACUCAGAGGUCAUCGGCACGUCGAAAGUAGAAGCACAUCUCAGCAAAAGGGCAGCAGAGAACGAGAACGAUAUUGACUACAUUGACAAGCACGUCUUUGCGCCAAGUCAAAGCCAGGUCGACAGAGACGAAAGCGACGUCGACAGUGCUGACGAGGUGCAGAUGAUCAGGUACAAGUACAGGCCGGCGGAAGACGUGCGAAUGCGUCAGUUUUGCACCAUGGCAAAGAUGUUCGAUUUCGAUGAUGUCACAGAAUUUGCAUUGGUGGUUGAGGGCUGGACGCAGGAGCAAAGGAGGAACUGCCUGGACAAGUUCUACAGUCUCAGGAGAAGGCAGCUCGGGGCGGGUGGGGAUGAAAAGGGGGAGAAGUGA